AAAUGUGCGUGCAGAUAGUUGUGAUGUUAGAUAAUUUUGCUUUAUCUCAUUUCAUAAAUCUUCAAAUAUGUAAAACAUGUGGGAAUGUUUUAUAUGAAUGUAUUAUGAAAAGCAUGUAUUAAUGAACAAAUCAAGAACCUUACCGCAUUCCAGUAGGAUUCGUCAAAAGGAGUUGACAUUUUAUAAAUGGACGAAGACCACCCAACAAUGAGUAACUAGAGCCAUAGCAGCUCAAGUUCAAGUUUCUCAUAGUACAGUGUGGAAGACACAAUGACAAA